AUGUCUGUUUCAAUUGCCCAGUUGAGUGCCGAGCACCACCACAAUGGCUUUGGCCUCUUUACAGCUACUCCUCGCUUAUCAUGGCGCUUCAACUCUACAACCAUCAAAGGCUGGAAACAGGCUUCCUAUGACUUAGCCAUAACUCGCAAUGGCAAGGAGGAAACCUAUCAUGUCGACUCUGCCAGCUCAGUGUACAACCCCUGGCCUUCGUCACCCCUGUCAUCUCGAGAACGGGCGGGGAUUAAGGUCCGAGCUGUGGGAGUCGAUGCAUCGUCAACAGACUGGGCAAACUUGACUAUUGAGGCUGCUCUCCUGAAUCGCUCCGACUGGACUGCAAAGCUCAUCGGCGGACCUCCACAAGGGCCAGAGCCGAAACGACCUGUGCUGCUGCGCAAGACCUUUACCAAUCCUGGGUCUAAUUGUGCUCGUCUUUACGCAACCGCCCAUGGCGUGUACGAGGUUCACAUCAAUGGUCAGCGCGUCAGCGAUGAACUACUUGCCCCUGGAUGGCAGUCAUACAAUCACCGUCUUCACUACCAAACCUACGACGUCACGUCUCUUCUGCAAGAAGGCGAAAACGUCAUCGGCGCCCAUGUAGCUGAGGGAUGGUUCGCCAGCAGGAUUGGACGACCUGGUGUGGCGAACCACUGGGGAGAGCAACUAGGCUUCCUGGCACAGCUUGAAGUCGACGGCAGCGUCUGUUGUCAGACUGACUCGAGUUGGGAGUACCUAGAUGGUCCUCUCCUCCUUUCCGAGUUGUACAAUGGCGAAGUCUUUGACAGCAAUCUCGCCGACCUUGCUUGGUCUACGUUAGCAUCCAAGGCACAGGCGAAGGGAUCGGUUGAGGAGCUCCCUUUCCCAAAGGCGGAGCUGAUCGCACCCGAAGUCGCCCCCAUCACUCGCAUCAUGGAACUGAAGCCCAAGGAGAUUAUCACGACUCCAAAAGGCAAAAAGGUCCUAGAUUUCGGCCAGAACUUUGUUGGUUGGCUUCGAGUCGAGAAAAACAUUCCCGGAAAGCCUGGUGAUACCCUCUUGAUCAGGCAUGCAGAGGUCAUGGAGCAUGGAGAGCUGGGCACCAGGCCUUUAAGAUCGGCCAAAGCCCUUUACGAGUUGAAGCUUGGAGGACCAACCAAGGGUUGUGAAGCCAAGUUUACCUUCUUUGGGUUCCGGUAUGCCGAGAUCAACGGCUAUGAAGAUGUCUCCCUCGAAGACUUCACAGGCAUUGUGAUAGCCUCGAACCUCCGUCGCACAGGCACUUUCGAGUCCUCUCAUACCAUGCUCAACCGCUUGCACGAAAACGCCAUCUGGUCCAUGAGAGGCAACUUCAUCUCGAUCCCAACCGACUGUCCUCAACGCGACGAAAAACUGGGUUGGACCGGAGACAUCCAAGUCUUUUCCCCGACCGCAAACUUCCUCUUCGACACGUCCGCUUUCUUGGGGUCGUGGCUGCGUGAUCUUGACAUGGAUCAGAAUGAUGCCAAUGGCGUUGUUCCCGUUAUUAUCCCCAAUCUUCCAAAACAGCCAGACAACCGCAUGAAAAGGCCAAUGGCAGUCUGGGGAGACACCUCUGUGAUUACGCCUUGGGACUUGUACACGGCCUUUGGCGACAUCAGUCAACUUGAAGCACAGUGGGAAAGCAUGUGCAGUUGGCUUGAUGUCGGUGUUCCUCGAGACGAAAGAGGCUUUUGGUCUACAGACUGGCCUCAAUAUGGUGACUGGUUAGAUCCCCGAGCGCCGGUCGAUAUGCCAGGGAACUGUCCAACCGACAACUUCUUGGUCGCAAACGCCUACCUCAUCUACACCACUAAGUUGGCUGCAGAGGUUGGAAAGGUGUUGGGGAAGAAUGAAAAGAGCGUAAAGUACGCAUCUGAUGCGGCGUCCCUUAUAUUACUCUUCAGAGAGGAAUAUGUUACUCCAAAAGGAAGGAUGGCCUGCGAUACGCAAACGACCUACGCUCUUGCCCUCAAGUUUGGUCUUCUGGAAGAAAAGCAUCUCGCAACUGCAAGAGAGAGACUGGGUUAUCUCGUCCGCUGGGAGAGAUUCAAGAUCACCACCGGCUUUGCCGGAACACCCAUCAUUCUCCAUGCUCUCUCGGAGAAUGGCAUGCUCAACCUUGCAUACCGAAUGCUUCAAGAGCGAGACUGUCCCAGCUGGUUAUACCCCGUCGGCAUGGGCGCAACCUCAAUCUGGGAAAGAUGGAACUCGAUGCUCGAGGACGGAAGCAUCAACCCUGGCCAAAUGACGUCUUUCAACCAUUACGCUCUUGGUUCAGUAUGUGCAUUCAUGCACAAGACGGUCGGCGGUCUUUCUCCCACCUCUCCCGGCUGGAAGACUGCCCUUGUGAAGCCUCAGCCUGGUGGAACUAUUCGCUUCGCCAAGACGAGCUUCGAUUCACCAUAUGGAUUGUAUGAAGUGGACUGGAAGAUAGAAGGCGGAAAGAUGACGACCAAGGCCAAGAUCCCUCCAAACACAGAGGCCCGCGUUGUCUUGAAUGGAGUCGAUGAGACGGUCGGAAGUGGUGAAUAUGAGUAUGUAACCGAGUGGAAUGAUGAUGCUGAGUGGCCGCCGAAUUACAUCUCGGGACCUCAGAGAAACACGGUCGGGGCUUCUUUUGUGCCUUGA